CAUAAAACGAGCACACAUCAGUGGCAGACUGAACACAGACCCUGCCGCUGUCACGUGAUUAUAAACUCUCUCUCUCUCUCUCCUCCCCUGUGCGCCGCUUCAACUGCCGGGACCUGCACCUGUAUGGAAAUGGGGCGGACACUAUCGGAGCUGAGUUGACACACGCGCUGGAUAAAGUUCAACGUUUGGUCAGGGGAGCAGAAAGGUCCGGCUACCAGAACUCCUUGUGGAUCGGACCGGCCAGCAGCGGGACAGAACCACCCUGACCUGUCAUCUGACCGGCAAAAGAUGGCGGCACUGAGAGCCGCCAAAAAAGCUCUGAGGAGUGAAGUAAAGCGGAGGGUCUCAGCUCUGAGCCCGGAGGAGAAACGGAGACAGUCUCUGCUGCUUUCACACAAGCUCUUCAAACACCCGAAGUACGUGUCCGCCCAGCGUAUCGCCGUGUUUCUCAGCAUGGAGGACGAGGUGUCCACUCAGGACAUCGUUAAAGACGUGUUCCUGUGUGGGAAAAGCUGUUUCAUUCCCAGAUAUGAGAGCGACAGUUCCCACAUGGACAUGCUGAAGAUGGACAGUCUGCAGGACAUGGAGACGCUGCCGCUCACGUCCUGGAACAUCCGGCAGCCUGCAGGAGACGACGAGAGCAGAGAGGAAGCUCUGUCUGCCGGAGGUCUGGACCUGAUCUUGAUGCCGGGUCUGGGUUUUGACCUGUCUGGAAGACGUCUCGGACGAGGGAAAGGGUUCUACGACACCUACUUGGAGCGCUGCAGCAGACAUCCUAAAGGAAAACCGUACACCAUUGGCCUGGCCUUCAGACAGCAGCUCUGCACACAAGUCCCUGUUCAUGAACACGAUGUCCUCAUAGACGAGGUCCUGUUUGAGGAUUAGUAGCUAGCCUAGGGGUACAGCACAGACCCAAGACCAGGAUUAGGGUCAGCUGGCCUUUGCGUCGUCCAUGUUGUCCGUCUGACGUCCUGUAGUACGAAUAAAACUCAACUGCUGAUUGUGUUUUUAUUUUCUUUGUUCCUUCUAGGUAAUUACUGGCUGAAAAUAACCUGUUCAACCAAAAUGAACCUGUUACCAUGGUAACCCCUGAGCUAAUAAUGAAUUUAGAGUUUUGAUUUAAUACAAUAUAAUUAACUUUAUUAAAAUAAAAUAAAAAAAGCAUUGGCCAAAGUACUGUACAC